CAUGUUUCCUCCCCGCUCCCGCCGUGCUUUGCGGCGACCUCUCCGGGCGCGCUGUGGAAGCCGCCAUGAGCGCGGCGCUGGCGGUCGCUUGGCAACGGCUGCGCGGAGCGGCCUGCGGGGGCCGCGCUGCCGCCCUGUGCCGCGGCCUGCGGACCGGCCCACAGGACCUCGCGGAGGCGGCGGCCUCGAAGGAGGCGGAGACGCAAAGCGCGGCCGACCUGAGCCCUUUAAUCCUGCAGAGGAGCUCCAUGAGAUGGGAUGGAAAGGUCUAUGAAGAGAUCCCGAUAGCUCACAUCAAAGCUACGUACAAUAACACCCACGUCCAAGUGGUCACCUUUGACAACAUGUCAUUGGCCCACACAUCCUGUGGCACAGAAGGCUUCCAGAAUGCCAAGAAGGGAACUGCCAUUGCGGCACAGACCGCAGCCAUGGCAGCAGCAGUGAAAGCCCGUGGGAAAGGUGUGCUGCACGUACGAGUGAUGGUGAAAGGACUGGGACCGGGACGCAAAGCCGCCAUCAGGGGGUUGACAAUGGGGGGUUUGGAGGUCAUCUCCAUCACUGACAACACCCCAGUGCCACACAACGGCUGCCGCCCUCGGAAGGCCAGGAGAAUGUGAGGGGGGAGCGCAAGAGACACACAGCAUCCAACAUUGGUUCAUGCAACAGCAUCUGAAUGUUGCUCCUGUGAUAGAUUCUGGGAAUCCA